AUGUCCUGGGCUUUGGUAUUCCAGUUCCAUCUUAGCAGCUGUGUCCCCAGCAUGUUCGUGGUGUCUUUAAGACGAAUGCAACUCGGAUCUCAGAUCACGUCUGAUCCCCCAACCUUCAAAACACAGAGUUCUGGGGCCACGGAAAUUCGUCAAGCUGAGCGGGCCCUUGCCGGGCGACUGGAGAAGGUGGCGUCGAGCUACGAACCUACUUCUGCCAAGCCAAAGCGCUGGAAUCCAAUCUCAUGCCUCGAUCCCCAGCGUUUGAAUGACCGGGCCGUUCUCUGGAAGUGA